AUGUCUGCAGCGAAACGAGUCCAACAAUGGGCGACUUUCGCGCGUACUUGGCAUAUUUUCGACUGCAAGUGGCAAGAUCCGUAUCAGUCAGCGAAUGUCAUUAAAAAAUAUUUAAUGGGUUUGCAUAAACCUAUCUAUCAUCCCAUGAAUGACUGUGGCGAUGUCGUGGUUUGUAUCAAUAGUAGAGAAAUUGCUUUGAGAGGCGAUGAGUGGCGCAAACGUGCUUACUUCCACCACACUGGUUAUCCUGGUGGAGCAUCAUGGACCCUUGCAUGGGAGCUUCAUAAUAAGGACCCUACAAUGAUCAUAAAAAAAGCAGUGUACAAAUCAAUGAAAGGUAACCUCCAAAGACGCCACACAAUGGAAAGACUCUUCAUUUACCCUGGUGAAGAGAUACCAGAUGAUGUUAUGCAAAAUGUUAGCAAUCAAAUCAGACAACAACGACUUGUACCUCAAAGAUUGGAUCAUAUUCCUGAAGAUGAAGUACAGCAAUAUCCCAAAGUUAUGGAGUAUCCAAGUGACUAUGUAUUGAAAUAA